CGGCGGGUUCGGUAACUAACGGUCAGCCAGCUCUUCCCCGGGGCCGCCUCUGGAGGGAGCUGCAGCCUCUCCCGAGGAAGCUCGGCCCCGCCGCCAUAGCUCCCCGCCGCGCUCGCCCCAAGCCUCUCCCCCGCCGGCCGGCCGGGCCCGCCCGUGCCGCCAUGGCCGACGUGGAGGACGGAGAAGAACCCGGCGCGCCGGCCUCGCACUCGGGCAGCUCGGGCUCCAAGGCCGCUGGCGACAAGAUGUUCUCCCUUAAGAAAUGGAACGCGGUGGCUAUGUGGAGCUGGGACGUGGAGUGCGACACGUGCGCCAUCUGCCGGGUCCAGAUGCCUGUCUUAGAUGUCAAGCUGAAAAUAAACAAGAAGAUUGUGUUGUGGUCUGGGGAGAGUGUAACCAUUCCUUCCAUAACUGCUGCAUGUCCCUGUGGGUGAAACAGAACAAUCGCUGCCCCCUGUGCCAACAGGAUUGGGUGGUCCAGAGAAUAGGCAAAUGAAAGCCCUGGGUAUCAUCGAGUGCCAGGGUCUGAUGCCCUGAGGAUGUCACAUACUGGGCGGAGCCCUCCAAAGAUGGUGACACUCCACUUGUCUUGUCUUGGUAAAAGCAUUGAGCUGGACAGUCGCUGAAGUUAGGGUGCGGCAUUUGGUCCCCUUUCUUUUUAGAACUUCUCUACAAGUAAGAACAGUAUGUUAUAGUGACUUUUUUUGCUUUCUUUGAUGUGAAUUGUAGAUAAUGCUUAGAAAUGCCAUGUUAGGAAAACAGCUUCAAUGUGAAUGACUUUCCUAAUCUAAUUAAAGUCUAGGAUAAAGGGGAAUCAGGAGAGUCAGUUCCAUUGAGACAAGAGAAUUUUGCAUGUUUAUAGUUAAUCAUUUAAAGUUAUUGACAUGAAUGAAAGAUCAUUCAAGUCUAAUUCUUGUAAAUGGUUUGGUGCUAAUAGUAUUUUUUUUCCCCUGAAAAUAAAUAAUUUAUGCAAUAUUCUUUCAGUUUGCAGGCUUUGGGCUUCUUUUCAAGUUUUUGUUAAGAACAAGACAAAAAUUUUAUGGCCAGAGCAACCAAAAGUUAUAUUUCUCUCUCUAUGAGAAAUUGAAUCUUGAUCAUCUUAUAAGGCUGUAUCUUUGAUUCUUAAGUAAAAUCUAUACCCAGAAUUCUAUAAAGUCAAUAAGUUAUGGACACAAGUAUUUCUAGAUCACACUUUAAUUUUUAACAUGUUUAUAUUGCUUUAAUGGUGGUUUAUAUUGAAUAUCUACAAGAAGAUGUUUAAUUUACUUAGAACUUUAAUGAGAAAAUUACAAUCAUAUAACACUAUUUGAUAAAUGAUUAAGGAGUCUAUUACAUUGUUUAAUUAUUUGAACUGUGACAUAAUAAAUAUUAAAAUAAUCUAAUUCUUUUGUGAUUGUUUAUAUUUCUUUUUUAAAAACUAUGCAUAUGGUCAUUAUUUUAACUGAGAUUAAAAUGUUGAAAUAUAUUAUUUGAAUGCUUGCUAGCAUUAGUUAUUGGCUGUAUUUUAACCUUUAAAUGUUAACAUUUGUUUACAUUUGGGGGAAAAGUUUUUAUUGAACUGGUGGACAACCUGAAGAAAUUUGGGAUGUGAGACAAUUAAUUUCAGAGUAGUCAGCAUUAAUGUCUUUCGUCUAAGUACCAAAAUACAAAUUGAUUAUGAGUGUAUGUGAGGGAGAGAUUUAUCUUAAAAUUUCAAAGAAGAAAACCAUUUACUUCUGUUUCAGAAGUCAGUAGUCCUGCACUUCAUUUCAACAGUCCAAAAAGGAAUAGAAAACCUAAAGGAUUAUGAGUAAUAAAAUUUUGAAAAAUUAAAUACUAUGGGGUGUUUUUUAUGUAUUGACUUUAUUUUAUCUAUCAUGAGUUUAUUAGGUUUUCUGUGUAAAGUUGCUUUCCAGUAUUUCUAUGACCCAAUCCAAUACACAAUUGCAUCCAAGUAUCACAGUAUAGCAGAAAAGGCCUAGAAUAGAAGCAGAGCUUGUGUUUAUAUCCUGGCCCUGCUACUUUAUGUAUCUCCUUUAUGCCAGAUGAUUUUUUUCAUCUUUGCAAAUCAAGGGUUUGGAUCUGGAUGAACUUUCUAAGGUUCCUUUCAGUUCAAAAUGCUGCAGUCUUCUCCUUAGUUUGGGAGUUUUUAAUCACUGUAAAAUAAACUUAUAGCAGGUUUUGCAGAUUUUUCUAACGGGGUGAAUGUCCUUGAAAUGUGACCUUAGUAUUUGACCUUAAAAUGAAGGAGAAAAUUGUGAGAAUUUUAAAUUAUUUUAGUCAAAGGAGUGACAAUAUGUAGAUGAAUUGUGGAAGAGGAUGGUUUUUGGCUGAUUAACUGCUGCUUUGGCAAUCCCAUAGCAAAAGAUGUUACAUCCCACCACCUAACAAUUCACCAUUUAUAUAUAAGCAUCUGAGAGUAGAGAGGAGGAGGAAAUCAGACAAAGCAAAACUGAUCAUACUCAUCCUGGAGUGAUAAUCAGCCAAUCUGCAUAGUCAUCUGAAGUGGAGUGCAUAUUGCUAGAUCAAAAAGAGCAUAGUGUGAUAGAUACUGUUAGAUUCUCACACAAAAAGUAAAAGUGAAUGUUUUUCACCCAUUUGACCAAAGUAAUGCUAAAAUAAUAACUUUUAUUAUACAUAUAUUUAUUGACAAUGAUUUUAAGUCUUUAGUUUUUAAAACUUUAUAUGCAUUUUAACAUUGAAAAAAAUUUUAAUUAUCUCAUCAAAUAGUGAAGCUCUGUAACUUUGUGUAUCCAUGUAACUAAUAAAAUCUAAAAUUUUCUAUUGAAGAUUGGUUUUACAGUAAUAGUUUUUAAUGUCUUCAUGAAGUAAUUCUUAUUUUGAAGUUACUACCCUAACAUAUAACUCACAAAGCCAGUGGAUAAUCUAGUCUUUCUUGGUUUAAACUAAGCACUUUGAAUGUAUAUUUUAACUCUUUCUGUUUUCUUCACUUGAUCUAGAGCACUUAGAUUUAUUUUGUCAUUUGAAUAUAUUCAAUAAAAGCUAGCUGUUAUUUUUAUGUGCAUGUAAUUGCCAUUGACUUGAAAAUUUCCAUUCUGUUUGAUACUCUAAAAACUGAAAAAUAUAAAGUACAAAAUUUUUGUAUUAAUUAGAUUAAUUGGAUCCUAAUAUAACAGUUAUAUGACUGAGAAAAAAAGUGUUAAAAUGUAUUCUAUUACUGAGUCUAAACAUAUAAAAUUGUAAGAAAGUGAACUAUGUAAGAAAUAUUCAAGUGCUUUUGAUGUGUUAUUUAAAGUUGUUUGGGUGGUCCCUAGGCAUUAAAAAUUAUGUUCUGUGCCCUCUAAAAUGAAAGUUCAAAAAAAAAAAAAAAACCCUGUGUCAAUUUUUAUAAACCUUUGUGCUUACAAAUUUGGAAAUUUAGAAUGAAAUGUAAAAUUUUAAGCCAUUUGUCCAAACAUGCAAAUGAUGCAAUAAUAGUUGACAUAACACUUUUUUUUAAAAAUAGCAAAUAUUUUUCAUUAAUCUGUCAUUUGUUAACCCAUGUAACUAAGAUAAUUCAAAAUACAUCCUUCAAUACAUGUCUACAUAGUUUAACAAAACAAAUUAAUCCAGAUGUCAUACCUGAAAAUUUUACAUUUUAAUUUUAAUUAAAUUUUACAUUUAAUUUUAAAUUUAUUCUGUUUGAAAAGAUAGGUGACUGUUGUUUUGGACUAGGGCUUUAUCAGUGCAUUGUUCAGAGUUCUAAAAGUUUUUCAAAGUUGUCUUUCUCUGUAAUAUUGUUCUGGUUCUGCUUAUGUCACUUUGCAUUAUCUAUAAAGUUCCUCCCAAUUGCUGCUGAAA